AUGGAUUUUUAUUUUGCUUUUAUUUUAGAGACCAAUAAUAACAGCAAUGAUAGUAUUGAUACAAGAGUUAUAUGUCUUGUUUCGAGAAAAUCGCCUCCUGAACCAGCUCAAUCCGAAUCUACAUGGUCAUCUAUUCGAGCUUCAUCAGCAUUGCCACCACCGCCAUUACGACUACUAUCACCAAAGGAAGAAUCACAAUUAUCAGGACCAAUAUACCAAGACCUAAAUAUUCCUACCAAAAAACCUUUGGAAGAAAAUACUUUAGAGCUUACAGCUGGACCUUCAAGAAAUUUGGAGCAAAAAACUUUCGAGUGCGUUGACUCAAUGUACGAAUGUAGAAACUGUUCAAAAGCCUAUAGACAUAAAUCAUCUCUAUGUAAACACCGAACUUACGAAUGCGGAGGAAAAGAAAGAGUCUUUCGUUGUACAGAUUGUAAUAAAGCGUUUUCUAGAAAGGAUACAUUGAAAAGGCAUAUGAAGUUGAGACAUGACAAACACCAUGUAGUACUUUAGGAACUAUAAAGUUAACAAACCAAAAUAAGUAAUACAUUUGUUUGCUUUUAUUGUUUUCUAAUUUAGCAUUUUUGUUAAACAUUUUACACUAACAAUAGAAUAUGUAUAUGUAUUUUUAUAUUUUAGCAAUUCUUGCGUCUUAUAAAUGUCCAAAAUGUCUUAAAGCUUACAAACAUCCAAAAUCGGUGAAAAAUCACUUACGCAACGAAUGUGGGGUGGAACCAAGAUUUCAAUGCAAUUUAUGCUAUCAAAAAUUUAGGCAAAAAGUUUGUCUUUUAAGGCAUGUUUCUGCUAAACAUACCAAAUAGAGAUUUUUAUGUGGAAGUGACUUUUUACCAAAAAAAAAUGUGUAUUUUUA